AUGGCCCCCGCUGAGACUUUUCAAGAAUCAUCGUCGUUCCUCUCGGAUGCACAAGCCCUAAUUCCCAAACUGGUAUACACAGACGAGGAACCGCUUGAAACCGUGUCCUUUGAGCCGGAUGAUACUGUGUUCCUGAGACACCGUCGCGUUGCCCAAGACCCCAUGUCAGUACACGAAGAAACCUGGUAUUCUACCGGCGCGGAUUUCAUUGUCGAUUUUGAAGGUCAUCGCACAGGUUACUUGUCUUUCGAUCUUGAUGCUCAGGGUAUUAACGUCGAUUCGCCUGCCCGGUUGCGUCUGACAUUUGGCGAAGUCCCUGCCGAUGUGGUCGAGGAAUUCUACCCGUCCAAAUCGUGGAUCAGCACGUCCUGGUUCCCUUACGAAGUUAUCAGCGUGGAUGAGUUGCCGCAGAAGGUGCAGAUUAAACGUCGUCAUGCAUUCCGCUAUGUACGUUUCCAGGUUCUCGAAAUUUCGCCCAAAUUUAAGGUGCGUUUCCAUAACAUCAAGUCACAUGCUGUCACUAGUGCAACAAACCAUGUCAAGCCAGUCGAUCUUGAUGGUUUCGAAGUAAUAGACCAAGUGGGCCUGCGAACUUUGCGAGACUGCAUGCAGACGGUAUAUGAGGAUGGUCCCCGACGAGACCGACGACUAUGGCUCGGUGAUUUGCGACUACAGGCGCUGGUCAACUAUGUCACAUUUCAAAACAAUGAUUUGGUCAAACGGUGUCUGUAUCUGUUUGCUGGGUUACAAGUGGAUGGCAAGAUCAUGGCAUGUCUAUACGAACGCCCACGUCCUGCGACGAGUGGAGACUACAUUGUGGAUUACGAACUCUUGUUCGUGGUUACAUUACUCGAGUAUGUUCAAGCGACUCAAGAUACCGCCACCGGCUUACGAUUGUUUCCCAUAUGUCGACAAAUUUUGACCCGUACACUGCACGAUCACAUUCGCGAUGGCUUGUUCACUCCGCAACCUGAAGUGUGGUACUUUAUCGACUGGCAAGAGCAACUUGAUCGACAAGCUAGUAUACAAGGGGUUUUUAUCUUUGCCUUAAAAGCCGCUCAGCAGCUGGGAAAGCUCAUCAACGUCAACGUGGAUUAUUCAAAAGAGAUUCAGGAGCUUACACAAGGCGCGAUGUCUUUCUUUGACACUGACAAGGGCGUGUUUGUUUGCAACGGUCAAGUCUCAUGGGCGUCGCAAGCAUGGAUGGGUAUGGCACAAAUCUUACCAGCCGAGAAGCACGUGCAGGCCAUCCUAUCCGCCAUUGAGGAUCCUAAUGCCAUCAAAGCCAACACUCCAUAUUCAUAUCAUUAUGUCCUUGAAGCUCUCCACCGAAACGAUGCCAAACAACAGUGCCUGGCACUUGCCAAAACAUACUUUGGGGGUAUGGUUGAUCGUGGUGCCGAUACGUUUUGGGAGGCAUACAGCGAAAACGACUCGUUAUUCAGUCCGUAUCACGAUGUUCACAACAAUAGUUUUUGCCAUGCUUGGAGUUGUACUGUCAGCUGGUUUUUGCGAGUGUGA